UUAAACUUAUUGAAUUUUCAAUUGGACGCCAUUUGCUCAUUGUACGCGUACGCUGACGGUUUAACUUCACCGAUAUUUUUUUGACAUCCUUUAUACCUUGACUCUUGAGUUUAACAAGAAAUCAGUUCCUAUUAUUUUAUUUACUAUACAAUCGAUAUAAACAAAAAUGGCAAAGACACCAGCUGUUGGUAUUGAUUUGGGUACAACCUACUCAUGUGUAGGUGUUUUUCAACACGGCAAAGUAGAGAUCAUUGCCAAUGACCAAGGAAACCGUACUACUCCCAGCUAUGUUGGUUUCACCGAUACUGAACGUCUUAUUGGUGACGCUGCUAAAAAUCAAGUUGCUAUGAAUCCCAAUAACACAAUUUUUGAUGCCAAGCGUUUGAUUGGAAGACGUUUUGAUGAUGCCACGGUACAAGCUGAUAUGAAACAUUGGCCUUUUGAAGUAAUUAGUGAAGAUGGUAAACCUAAGAUCAAAAUCUCCUACAAAGGAGAGAACAAAAUUUUCUCACCUGAAGAGGUAUCAUCUAUGGUUUUAACCAAGAUGAAGGAAACUGCUGAAGCGUAUCUGGGAAAAACUGUUACAAAUGCUGUUAUUACUGUACCUGCUUAUUUCAAUGAUUCCCAACGUCAGGCUACCAAGGAUUCUGGUACCAUCUCUGGUUUGAAUGUUAUGCGUAUCAUCAAUGAACCUACAGCUGCUGCCAUUGCAUAUGGUCUAGACAAGAAAACAUCUGGAGAACGUAACGUUCUCAUUUUUGAUUUAGGUGGUGGUACUUUUGAUGUAUCUAUAUUAACCAUUGAGGAUGGAAUAUUUGAAGUGAAGUCAACUGCUGGAGAUACUCAUUUGGGAGGUGAAGAUUUUGAUAACAGAAUGGUCAAUCACUUUGUUCAAGAAUUCAAACGCAAGUAUAAGAAAGAUGUAACUACCAACAAGAGAGCUUUAAGACGUCUGAGAACUGCUUGUGAACGUGCAAAGCGUACCCUUUCUUCAUCCACCCAAGCCAGCAUUGAAAUUGAUUCCUUAUUUGAAGGAAUUGAUUUCUACACUUCCAUCACUCGUGCUCGUUUCGAAGAAUUGAAUGCUGAUCUUUUCCGUAGUACUAUGGAACCAGUUGAGAAAUCUCUACGUGAUGCCAAGAUCGACAAGUCUGCCAUUAACGACAUUGUAUUGGUCGGUGGUUCUACUCGUAUUCCCAAAGUACAAAAAUUAUUGCAAGAUUUCUUCAAUGGUAAAGAACUGAAUAAGUCAAUCAAUCCUGAUGAGGCUGUUGCUUAUGGUGCUGCAGUACAAGCAGCUAUUUUACAUGGAGACAAGUCUGAAGAAGUUCAAGACCUUUUGUUGCUUGAUGUCACCCCUCUUUCAUUAGGUAUUGAAACUGCUGGUGGUGUGAUGACUGCUCUCAUCAAACGAAACACAACAAUCCCAACUAAACAAACUCAGACUUUCACGACUUACUCUGACAACCAACCUGGUGUAUUGAUACAAGUGUUUGAAGGAGAACGUGCUAUGACAAAAGAUAACAAUUUGUUGGGAAAAUUUGAGCUGACAGCCAUUCCACCUGCACCACGUGGAGUGCCACAGAUUGAGGUGACUUUUGAUAUUGAUGCAAAUGGUAUAUUAAAUGUUAGUGCUGUUGAAAAGUCUACCAACAAAGAAAACAAGAUUACUAUCACUAAUGACAAAGGACGUUUGAGUAAGGAAGACAUAGAGCGCAUGGUGAACGAUGCUGAAAAAUACAAAAAUGAAGAUGAAAAACAGAAAAGUAUCAUAGCUGCUAAAAAUGGUUUGGAAUCCUACUGCUUCAACAUGAAGAGUACAAUGGAAGAUGAAAAAAUAAAAGAUAAAAUUCCUGAAACUGAUAAGACCACCAUUUUGGAUAAAGUUAAUGAUACUAUUAAAUGGUUGGAUGCUAAUCAAUUAGCUGACAAAGAUGAAUAUGAACAUAAACAAAAGGAAUUGGAAGCAAUUUGCAACCCAAUCAUCACCAAAUUGUAUGCUGGAGCUGGUGGUGCUGGUAUGCCUGGUGGCAUGCCUGGUGGUAUGCCUGGUGGUAUGCCAGGAUUCCCUGGUGGUGAUCCUGGUUCUGGUGCAGCUGGUGCUGGAGCUGGAGCUGGUCCAACUAUUGAAGAAGUCGAUUAAUUAAGUAAAUUAUUAUAAUAUGCUGCACAUUCCUCAAUUCAAAUAAUAAUCUUGAUCAUUUUAUCAAUCA